AGGGUCAGGGGGAGGAGAGGCAAGGGAGUGGAGCGAGAAGACGACAGGAGGAGAUCCACCACAGGGUGACCAAUUUAACCGGACCAUCCUUGGACCGCUAGGCUACAAAUGGUCCUCCACCCUGGCCGCCCCCACCGACAACCAUCGCGGCGAAUCGGAUUGUGUGCUGCGCUCCUGUCGGCGGAUAGAAAUAGAAGAUGAUUUCGACCCAGCAGGAGCUGCGGAGAUAGGCCUGGCAGCACAGACUGGUCAUCUUAUUAAUCUUGGUCUCUGAUCACUGGCUCUGGCACAAACAUCUGGAGCUUUGUGCGCCAUUUAACCCCCAUCCAUUCACUCCCACCCUGCGGCCCUGCAGUGUGGCUCCUAAAAACACUCCUCGCUCCUUCAUAAUUUUGUCCACGGGGAUAAAUGAGUGAACCGGCUGCAAAGGAAAGGGCUGGGACAUGUACCAGAACAGAAUGUCCUGGUUCAGUGGUUUCCUAGUUGCCAGAGUGGAUGAUCGCAAGACUGCGUGGGGGGAGCGCAAUGGCAAGAAGUCCAAACGGAAGGGAGGCUCAUCUCUCUGCAACCCGCGUUACAUGAGCUGUCUGCGGGACCCUGAUGCUAUGGAGCCCCCUUCCGGAGCCCCCCUCCAUCAGCACCACCGCGGAGGGGGGGCAGGGGCUAUGGGAGGUGGGGGCAACUUUGGCGUCCGUUGCGGAUGGCAGGAGGACCACUAUGGCAAAAGGGUAGUGGCUCCUGGAGAAGGGGUGGGGCUGAAAUCGGUCGACCUGGGCUUUGAGGACGGGGAGUUAAAAGGGAGGAAAGGUGGGUGUAAUGGAGGAAGUGGCGACAUGGGCGACGAAGGUCCCAACGGUGCAGCAGGAGUGGUAACGGCUGCAGACUGCUGGCUCAGGGUUGUGCGAGUAUUCCAGUCGAAAAAAUUCCAGUCCCGCAAACUGGAGCGCCUAUACCAGCGUUACUUCUUUAGGCUGAACCAGAGCUCCUUAACCAUGCUCAUGGGGGUACUUGUGAUUGUGUGUGGCAUCAUGCUGACCUUCCACUGUGUCCACGCCGCCCCUCACGUGGCCUAUUCAUCAGCCCUCUCAGUGGCGAUGGCGCUGUUUAUGGCUCUAAUGGUCGUGUGCAACCGCAAUGGCUUUCACCAGGACUAUAUGUGGAUGGUCAGUUACCUGGUGAUCGGAGUCUUGGUGUCUGUACAGGUUUUUGGGGUGCUCAUGGUGGCACCUAGGAGUGCUUCGGAAGGCAUCUGGUGGUCCGUGUUCUUCAUCUACAUCAUCUACACUUUGCUGCCUGUGAGGAUGAGGGCGGCAGUUCUGAGUGGAGCAGUUCUGUCCAUCAUACACGUGGUCACCACCUGGCAGAUCAACCAGGAAGACAAGUUCCUUUGGAAACAGGUGAGUGCUAACGUUCUGAUCUUCCUGUGCACCAACAUCAUUGGCAUCUGUACCCACUACCCUGCUGAGGUUUCCCAGAGACAAGCCUUCCAGGAGACCAGAGGAUACAUCCAGGCCCGGCUUCAUCUGCAGAGGGAGAAUCAGCAACAGGAACGUCUGUUGCUUUCAGUGUUGCCAAGGCACGUUGCCAUGGAAAUGAAGGCUGACAUCAAUGCCAAGAAGGAAGACAUGAUGUUUCAUAAGAUCUAUAUCCAGAAACACGACAAUGUCAGUAUUCUGUUUGCAGACAUUGAGGGUUUUACCAGCCUGGCAUCUCAGUGCACAGCUCAGGAGCUGGUCAUGACACUAAACGAGCUCUUUGCUCGUUUUGACAAACUGGCGUCGGAGAACCACUGUCUCCGUAUUAAAAUUUUGGGUGAUUGUUACUACUGCGUGUCUGGGCUCCCUGAACCCCGGGCUGACCACGCCCACUGCUGUGUGGAGAUGGGUGUUGACAUGAUAGAGGCCAUCUCGUUGGUGCGUGAGGUGACGGGGGUCAACGUUAACAUGCGCGUCGGCAUUCACAGUGGACGCGUUCACUGCGGCGUGCUGGGACUCAGGAAGUGGCAGUUUGACGUGUGGUCAAAUGAUGUCACGCUGGCCAAUCACAUGGAGGCAGGAGGCAAAGCAGGGCGGAUCCACAUCACAAAGGCCACUCUGCAGUAUCUGAAUGGGGACUAUGAGGUGGAGCCAGGUUUUGGAGGUGAGAGGAAUGCGUAUCUGAAGGAGAACAGCAUUGAGACAUUCCUGGUCCUUGGCUGCAGCCAGAAACGGAAGGAGGAGAAGGCGAUGAUGGCGAAGAUGCAACGGACAAGAGCCAACUCUAAUGAGGGGCUGAUGCCACGCUGGGUCCCCGACAGAACCUUCACCAGGACCAAAGACUCCAAAGUCUUCAGACAAAUGGGGAUUGAUGAAACCUCCAGUAAGGACAACCGUGGUGUUCAGGAGGCCAUGAACCCAGAGGAUGAGGUGGAUGAGUUUCUGGGGCGGGCCAUUGACGCUCGCAGCAUCGACCAGUUAAGAAAAGACCAUGUUAAGAAGUUCCUACUCACCUUCCAGACCUCGAGCCUGGAGAAAAAGUAUUCCAAGAAGGUGGACGAUCGUUUUGGAGGCUAUGUUGCCUGUACUCUCCUUGUAUUCUGCUUCAUAUCCUUCAUACAGAUUGUUAUCUUUCCACACACCCCAGUCAUGCUGGGAAUCUACAUCAGUAUCUUCAUCAUACUCGCCAACAUCCUCUUCGUCUGUGCCAUAUACUCUUGCAUCAAGAUUUUUCCAGCUGCGAUGCAGACUGUCUCGAAGAAGAUUGUCCAGUCUCGCACCAACAGCACGCUGGUUGGAGUGUUCUCCAUUAUCCUCGUCUUUAUCUCUGCCUUUGUUAACAUGUUUGCCUGCGACACCACGGGUUUGGCGGAAUGCGUUGCUGAGAAGCUGAACACCUCUGCAGCCCUGGUGACGCCCUGUCUGAUCCGCAGUUUGAAUGUGUCUGUCGAGGGGGGUCUAGAGAUCUGUCCCAGCCAAGGCCCCUCCUGCCCCUUUCCUGAGUAUUUCAGCUACAGCGUGCUGCUGACGCUGCUGGCCUGCUCCGUGUUCCUGCAGAUCAGCAGCAUAGGGAAGCUGGCCCUCAUGCUGCUCAUCCAGCUCACGUUCCUGCUGCUGGUGGAGUGGCCACAAGUAGCACUAUUUGACAAUGCGGACCUCUUUGUCACCUCCAAUGCCAUUGAUUUAAAUGAAACUAUUCCUCAGUGGCCCAGUUUCAAUGAAACUACAAACCAGUGCCCUUUUGUUGUGACCAAAGUGUCCCUGAGAGUCAUGACUCCAGUGAUCCUCACAGUCUUUGUCCUGGCACUGUACCUGCAUGCCCAGCAGGUUGAAUCUACUGCACGCCUCGACUUCCUGUGGAAAUUACAGGCCACAGAGGAGAAGGAGGAGAUGGAGGAGCUGCAAGCCUACAAUCGUCGCCUCCUUCAUAACAUCCUGCCGAAGGACGUAGCUGCUCACUUCCUGGCUCGUGAACGGCGUAACGACGAGCUGUACUACCAGUCUUGUGAGUGUGUAGCUGUGAUGUUCGCCUCCAUCAGCAACUUCUCCGAGUUCUACGUGGAGCUGGAGGCCAACAACGAGGGAGUGGAGUGCCUCCGGCUGCUCAACGAGAUCAUCGCAGACUUUGAUGAGAUCAUCAGUGAGGAGAAGUACAGGCAGCUAGAGAAGAUCAAGACCAUUGGUUCCACCUACAUGGCGGCCUCAGGUCUCAAUGACUCUACCUAUGACAAAGAAGGCCGUACCCAUAUUACUGCACUAGCUGACUAUGCCAUGAGACUGAGAGAGCAGAUGAAGUACAUCAACGAGCAUUCCUUCAACAACUUCCAGAUGAAGAUAGGUCUGAACAUUGGGCCAGUGGUAGCGGGGGUUAUUGGAGCACGGAAGCCUCAGUAUGAUAUCUGGGGCAACACAGUAAAUGUGGCCAGUCGUAUGGAUAGCACAGGUGUACCUGACCGCAUACAGGUGACCACAGACCUCUACCAGGUGCUUGUAAAGAAAGAGUACGUGUUGGAGUGUCGUGGGGUUGUAAAGGUCAAAGGUAAAGGUGAAAUGACAACCUACUUCCUGAAUGAUGGACCGCCCAACAGUUAGCAGCCAAGACAGCAGCAUAUGCUGGGAUGACCACCCCCUCCUCCCCCCCACUGCAAGGACACGGCACCACUGAGCGAGGACUCACAGUGUGAGCGAGCGGCUAAGAACUAGAGACGCCACCACUUGAAUCCCAAGCAAAGAGGAAAAAAAAAAAAAAAAACAAAACAAAAAAAAAACCAGAAAAGAAACUUUGAAGACUUCAAAUGGAAAGUGUUCUAGAUGAGAGGAAAAUGUUCUUGUUUGGCGGCCAUUUUGGCCCACAUACAUGUUGAAGGACACGUGUUUUUCUCACGUCUAGCCUCUCUCUCAGGCUUCUUGAAAGAUGCAAAGUCUGUUUAUUUAAAACGCCUUUUAGCCUGUGUCAAAAGAAGAUUAACGCUGUACAUACGGCUACUUUUUAUUUUACUUUGGGUCUUUUUGUUUGUUUUUUUUUUUUUUCUGUAAUUUUUUAAUUUCACAUGAAUUAUGAAGAGGUACUCAUGUUUUGUUUCUGCAUUAAUUAUUUAUUUCGAUCUUGAUGUUUUGUGCAAAAAGGUCCUUUAUGAAAACGUGUGGAAACAUACGGGCACAAAUAUCCAGUUUAUUACACGUUUUUUUUAAGUGUGUAUGUACAUGCAUAUUUGUGUGUGUAUGAAUAUAUGUAUAAACUGAGGAGGAAUAUAUUGACCAAAGACUAAAGUAUUUACUAAAAGCAAGGCAAGAUGUGUGGAUAUGUUCUUGCUAAAGUCAGCAAUGAUCACCGCCUCUGUUAUUUAAGCAGAGGGCCUGAACCCUCCGUCUUUCUGCCCAACUGCUGGCCGCAAUGGCUGCUCCAUCUCUUGUCUAGAAUAUGUACAAUAAAUUUAUUUAGCCUGUCAUUCAGGCAGCAAAAAGCAGCUCAUGAACUCUAAAUUAAAACGCUGACCUCAAUCAUCAAAUUAGAUUAACUUAAAACAGACUAAAGACAACUAAGGAUGUUAUUAGAAGGUUGUACCUGAGCAGUUAAAAUAGAGCCAGCCAGGAUUAGGCCCCUCUUCAUCCUCACUUCAUGUCUGAUUGGUUCCUUAGAGCUUGAGCGACCAGUGAACAGCUUGUUUUUUUAGCCAUGGCAGUGCACCGUCACUGACUGCUCCUUCCCUUUCAGAGAGGUAUUGUUUCGGUACAGAUGGAAAUGGAAGAACUUAGAUCAGCGACCUGUUCCAGAGCCUUCGGGGGGGGAAACCUUGGAUUUCAAUGCAUUGGUAUCGCACAGCCUGAUUCUUCUAUGAAGAAGAAAUAGAUGAAGGAAAUAAAUAUAUAUUAAUUUUAA